AUCUCUCGAAAUUAUUGCUGGUAUAUAAUAGGCUGCGAUCUUUAAUUCCAAUUUGAAAGUUAGUUCGAUUGAGUUGAGUCAUCUUUCCAAGUAGUCAUAGAAACACGAUGGACACCCUUAAUGUUAUAUUACAGUCAGAGGGAUGAUGUAUAUGCGUGAUUGUCGCUUUAGUAAGCACAUGCAAAUUCGUGUGACAGUCCGUUCAGUAAAUUAUAUAUAAUUGCGUAUAUUUUCCUCUUGAGAAUUUACAAUUUUCAAAAUAAUGGAUCGAAAGUAUCAGAGGGUUGGUUUAGGCGUGGGUGCUUUUCACAAUCCCCCAAGAGCAAAAUACAGCGAGGAAACCAGAAAUCUCAUUAAGCUUUUAAUGGAGGAAUCUAAGCUAACAAUGUUGCAAAGGAAGACGAUCCAGGAAGCAGUUGACAAGGGCGAAUCCUUACCGUCUUCUAUUGAAAGGACGAAGAAGAGCAAAGAUAAAAUUGAAGAUAAUCGAGUUAAAUUGCCUAGUGCUUGGAGAAGACGUUCACAGGACACGAUUAUAAGCAGUGGUGCUUACGAGAGGGAACAAUACAGGAGGACAGCGCCUUUGCCCAAUAUGGAAAAACAAAAGCGUCACUUGGCAUGCAUGAUGGCUUAUGGAAAAGAUAUGCCCGAGACUCCUCAUGGUCCCAAGAUCCUCCAUAAGAAGAGACGAGAGCCACAGAUACCUGAAAAUGUGGACUUUCUAAGCGAUUUAGUACAAGGGAUUCGAGAGAGAAUGGAUUUUUUGCACGACAUGGAAAAUCUCGGAAUGGAAAAGAAAUAUCGGCCCAUAAUACAGCAGGAAAUAGCACAGAAAAUACGACUCAUUGAAUCGCUAGAUAAACAAACAUCCGAGGAACUACGAAAGGAGAUUUAUGAAUCUAAAUAUGAAAAACUGUCGCCAAAACCGUUUCCGCUUGGAGAAUUAGAAGAAAAUUAA